AUGGCCCAUGAGUGCUACAUAGCCUAUGGAACAAGUUUGGACUCAAUACCUGAUAAUAUCAAGAUUGAUCGCAAUUUUAAUAAUGGAUUUAGCUUCUGUAUUGACAAGAAGGAACCUGAUAUUUUUGAGCAACUGAAAGGGCAAAUAAUUGAACAAGACCAAGAAGUGAGGAUUGUUCAAUACAAUAGUAAGGUAGACACCAAAAAAUAUUUGUACAAACUCAAAAUAGCAGGAGACCUGAUAUACAACAACAUUCUAUUUGAUAACAUCAUAGCACGGAGUAUUUAUUACUUCAUACAUCCAUUAAGAAAGAUCAAAUUGGAUAAAAAGAUCAAAAUAUUGACUGUGUCCAAUCAGCAUAAGAUUCAAGAGGGCUUCUAUAACCAAAUAGCAGAUAAUAUUAAGGUAGAACGUGUUAAAACAGAAAAGAAGAUGAGAUUAUCAGAGUUACUUACGAUAUUAGACGACCUGGAUUACACAAACUACGAUAUAUUUAAUAUUGAUCUAAAAAUGGAAUACAAUUCAACAAUAUUAGAGCAGAAACUGAACAAAAUAGCAGAUGAAACAUUCGUAGUGAGCAAUCUCCAUAAGAAUGCGAGACAACUUGAGCCAUUUGGAACAUUUUACAUGUCGUAUUCCAUUGCCCUCUAUUUACAGACUACACCUAAGGAAACCCUGAAGACAAUUUUACCUGAUUUAAUCAAGGAAUCCACUGCUAAGAAUGGCCCAUUUAAAAUCCAAAGCAGCCCCUCAAGCUACUACACGAGAGCCACCAGCACAUUUCUGAUCUCAGGAAUAGGCGGAUUCGUACUGUUGAAUGUGUUCAUGUUGAAUUCAUUUCUGCGUAAAAAAGAACAGACUGAAGCGGAUGAAGGGGUAUUCACCAGCAUAUAA